CUCCAUCUCUUCAAUUUUUUUCUAAGUAUUCAUUUCAAUUCAAUUUCUUCCGGAGAAUAAUAAUGGUGAAAAUGGAGGUUGAUUCUCCGUCAUCGUCGUCGUCUCCGGUGACCAUUACUAUCUCUACUUCAGGCGGUGCAUGUCACGGCUUGACCAGUCCGGUUCGGCGACUCUCAUUGUCGAACGCCAACCCUAAUUCGCCGCUCGGCGGUAGGAGGGGGUCGUCGAGUGGAGGCAACCGCAUCGCCGCCUCCGGCGGGAGAUACGUUUCCAUGUGUAAAGAGAGCACGGAGGAGUUCGUGGCUUACACGGUUCAGAUUCCUCCGACUCCGGAUAACCGGAACGUAGACGAUUCCACGAACAGCUCUCUCGACGUCGGCAAAAGCUGCGGAAACCCUACCGACGGUUACAUUAAGGACACAAUUUUCACCGGCGGAUUUAACUCGGUGACACGUGCGCACGUGAGGAGAAGCCUGGAAGUGGAGCCUCUGGAGAUGAAAUCGAAGACGGUGUGUGAACUGGACGGGUGUGACGAGAAUGCCCCUGAGGCGCCGUGUGAAUGCGGGUUCAGAAUUUGCAGGGAUUGUUACUUGGAUUGUGUUGGGAAUGGUGGGGGGUCUUGUCCUGGUUGCAAAGAGCUCUAUAAAGGCAUCAGUGAUGAUGAAAGUGAUGAGCCUAAGUCUGAGGCGAAAGACAUGGCCAAUCCUUUGCCUUCAAGAAGAGGUGGAAGCAGAAGAGAGAAAAACUUUUCUCUCGUACAAUCUUUCAAGAACACAAAUCAAGAUUUCGAUCACAACAGAUGGUUGUUUGAGACCAAGGGGACAUAUGGCUAUGGAAAUGCGUUGUGGCCUAGUGAUGGGUAUGAAUUUGGGAAAGGAAUUGACAGAUCAACAAACCCUCCGGAUUUCACUGACAGAAGGAACAGACCCUUGACCAGAAAAGUUGGGAUUUCUGCAGCAAUUAUCAGCCCUUACAGGUUGCUUAUGGUUCUUCGUCUUGCUGCUCUUGGCUGCUUCCUGACGUGGAGGAUCUGCCAUCCCAAUCGGGAGGCAAUGUGGUUGUGGAUGAUGUCUGUAGUUUGUGAGAUAUGGUUCGCAUUUUCUUGGCUUCUUGAUCAGUUACCCAAGCUUUGCCCAGUUAAAAGAAUCACUGACCUUGCUGUUCUUAAAGAAAGAUUUGAAGGCUCAGGUCCAAACCUUAGGAACCCCAAAGGGCUAUCUGAUCUGCCAGGGAUUGACAUUUUUGUAUCAACUGCUGAUGCAGAGAAGGAGCCACCCCUUGUGACUGCAAACACCAUUCUUUCCAUCCUGGCCGUUGAUUAUCCUGUGGAGAAGGUGGCAUGCUAUCUCUCAGAUGAUGGAGGUUCUCUGGUGACAUUUGAGGCUCUUGCUGAAGCUGCAAGCUUUGCAAGAGUGUGGGUUCCAUUUUGCAAAAAGCACAAGAUAGAACCUAGAAAUCCUGAGGCUUAUUUCGCCCAGAAGCGUGAUCCACUUAAGAACAAAGUGAGAAUUGACUUUGUUAGAGACAGAAGAAGGGUGAAGAGAGAAUAUGAUGAAUUCAAGGUAAGGAUAAAUGGGUUGCCAGAAUCAAUAAGGAGAAGAUCAGAUGCUUACAAUGCCCAACAGGAGCUGAGGGCUAAGAAGAAACAGUUUGAACUCAGAGAAAAUUUAUCUGAACCUAUCAAGGUUCCAAGGGCUACUUGGAUGUCUGAUGGAACUCAUUGGCAUGGCACUUGGUCAUCAGGGGAGGAAGGUCACUCAAGAGGUGAUCAUGAAGGAAUUAUACAGAUUAUGUUGGUUCCACCAAAUUCAGAACCUCUUUUUGGCAAUGAAGUAGAUGAAAAGAACUUGAUUUCCACAACGGAUGUCGAUAUAAGAUUGCCAAUGUUGGUUUACGUUUCACGUGAGAAGAGGCCUGGUUUUGAUCACAACAAGAAAGCUGGAGCUAUGAAUGCCUUAGUCCGUGCCAGCGCGAUUAUGUCAAAUGGUGCAUUCAUUCUUAAUCUUGAUUGUGAUCAUUACAUAUACAACUCAUUAGCUUUGAGGGAAGGGAUGUGCUUUAUGCUCGACAAAGGAGGAGACAGGAUCUGCUAUGUUCAAUUCCCUCAGAGGUUCGAGGGCAUUGAUCCAAACGAUAGGUACGCAAACCACAACACAGUUUUCUUUGAUGUGAGCAUGAGAGCACUUGAUGGGUUGCAAGGUCCUAUGUAUGUUGGCACGGGCUGUAUCUUUCGAAGAAUUGCACUAUACGGGUUCAGUCCACCCCGAGCGACUGAACACCAUGGAUGGUGUGGUAGGAGGAAGACAAGGAAGGUUCUGAGGAAACCCAACAUGCCAAAUGGCCAAGAGGAUGAUGAGGAAAUGGUUUUACCAACCAUUGGUGCUCACAAUGAUGAUGAAGACUUAACCAGGGUUUUGCUUCCAAAGCAAUUCGGUAACUCAGUGCCUCUUGUUGACUCAAUUGCUGUUGCUGAAUUUGGUGGUAGGCUGCUCCAUGAGUUGCGAGGCAAAGGCUGUCUAGGCCGGCCUGCUGGCUCUCUAGCUGUACAACGCGAGCCAUUAGAUGCCUCGGCACUUGCAGAGGCAGUGAGUGUGAUAAGCUGCUACUAUGAGGAUAAAACUGAGUGGGGAAGAAGAGUAGGAUGGAUAUAUGGUUCUAUCACAGAAGACGUUGUGACAGGUUACCGGAUGCACAAUAGAGGGUGGAGAUCAAUCUACUGUGUCACAAAAAGGGAUGCCUUUAGAGGAACAGCUCCAAUCAACUUGACAGAUAGGCUGAUUCAAGUCCUAAGAUGGGCAACUGGUUCUGUUGAGAUCUUCUUCUCCAGGAACAAUGCCCUAUUUGCUAGUCCAAGGAUGAAGUUUCUACAGAGAGUAGCUUAUUUCAAUGUUGGGAUGUACCCCUUCACUUCCAUCUUCCUCCUGGUCUACUGCUUUCUCCCAGCACUUUCCCUCUUCUCUGGGAAGUUCAUUGUUGAGUCCCUCAACAUCACAUUCUUAGUGUUCCUAUUGUCAAUAACUCUCACCCUAUGCCUCCUGGCAAUCCUGGAGAUCAAAUGGUCAGGAAUCACUCUGGAAGACUGGUGGAGGAAUGAGCAGUUUUGGUUGAUAGGUGGGACCAGUGCACACCCUGCAGCAGUCAUACAAGGGCUGCUGAAGGUGAUAGCAGGAGUGGACAUAAACUUCACACUGACAUCAAAAUCAGCAGCCCCCGACGACGGGGAGGACGAAUUCGCUGAGCUUUACGAGUUCAGGUGGACGGUGCUGAUGAUCCCUCCCAUCACAAUCAUCUUGCUCAACUGUGUGGCUAUAGCGGUGGCGGUUUUCAGGACGGUGUACAGCCCAUUCCCACAGUGGAGUAAGCUGCUUGGAGGGGUGUUCUUCAGCUUCUGGGUGCUGUCUCAUCUCUACCCUUUCUCAAAGGGGUUGAUGGGGAGAAAGGGGAAGGUCCCCACCAUAGUGUUCCUCUGGGCUGCACUCAUAUGCAUCAUCAUUUCAUUGCUUGCACUGUACAUAUACCCUCCCAAUGGUCACCAAGAUUACAACAUGACCUUCCAGUUCCCUUAAUUUGCUGCUCUGCUGCUAAUACCAUAUGAAGUUUCUCAACUUCAACCUAUGUUGUUUUUCCUAUUGCAUAGAAUGAAUGUGUGUAUUUUUUUUAUGUACUACUCUACUGCCCCUUGUAAUGAAUAUUAAUAAUAUGUUGUGACUGGAAUACAAAUUUGCAGGUUUCUUUGUAAGAAACAUCUUCAUCCU